AUGGCGCACCAGGUCCUCAACCUCGCCAUGAUUGUGUGCUCGGCGCUGAUGAUCUGGAAGGGCCUGAUGGUGGUGACCGAGUCGGAGAGCCCGGUGGCUGACCGAGAGAUCCCGAUCGUGCACCGAAUCCUCAAAGUGCACGAGAAGGUGAGCGGCGAGGUGGACGUCCUCACGAAAGGGGACAACAACGCGGUCGACGACCGCGGCUUGUGCGCGCCCGUAGAUGGGAGAGACACAGACGCCGUGGCGGUCUGCUACCUCCCGUACAUCGGCAUGGUCACUAUCAUCAUGAACGACUACCCGCUCGUCAAGUAUGCCCUGGUUGGCAUCAUGGGGCUCUUUGUGCUCACGACGAGAGAAUGA